CAUUCGAUUGAAUUGAAUAGUCGGGCACCGUUGUCACGAUGUCCGAUGAAGAUAUUUGAGUCGGAGAGAAGCCUUCUGAUUCGUGUUCCUUUCUGAGAUCCACAUCAUAGUCUUUCUCACUCCUACUUGGACUUUGCAGUACAGCCUUCCCAGUAUAAAAAGUCCACUACAUUUACCAGAGUUGGAUCAGUACGGGUGAUGUGGGCUCCUGUUGCUCACUCACUGUCCUUGAAGAAGACGUCCAGACAACAGGAUCAUUUACAAUGUCCACCCAUCUGUCCAUUACGUUCUCGAUUUAAUUGAUUCAGUCAGAGGCUGCCGGGUGAAGUCAGUGCGGCGCUGUCGGGAAACAAGGAAGCACGAAGACAGAGCUCAGCCAAUCAGAUCACAAUUGCUGCGUCUCUGUGAGGAACUGGUGUAGAGCAUGGUCCUUAGUCCUCCUACAGAGGAGUGACGGUGUCCUUGGGAGCAGACCAUGGCCCUGAGCGAUGCCUGUGGCCACCCUCUGGCCCUCAGCAACGGAGGGCACCAUCCUCUCGCCGCCAACGGAAACACCCCCUUGAACGCCAGCACACCAGUCAGCGACGGCGAGGACCCCCUUGCCGCAGCAGACGGGGACGAGGCAUCUAAAGUUCAGCAGAGGUCGCACGUCGUCCAGAGGGCGAACAGGCCGAGCCACAACGGCAACGUGGUCAAACAGAACGGCUCCCUGAGGAACCUCCCCAUGUCCGGCCCUGCCGCCGCCUCCUCCCCCCCGGCUCUCACAGACUCCCAAAGGCCGGCCAAACGCCACCUUUCUACCAGCCUCUCCCCGUCCUCCACCUCCCCUUCCGUCCAACCCCCGCCGCUCUGCUGCCAGCACUGUCACUUCCAGUCCAACCCCUGCUGCCCUUGCGGACAGCAGGAGUGCCCGCUCUUUCAGAAUGUGGUUCCGGGGCCCGGUUCCCCCCCCGGCUCCGCCCCCCACCCUGGGGCUGCUGCAUCCUGCCCGUGCUGCCUCUCUGCCUGCACGUACUCUCACCCCCAACCUCCUCACCCGUCCUCCCCGCUCUGUCUCCAACACCACCAUCACCAGCGCUGGCAGGAGCACCUCCAGAACCAGACGACUGGAAUCAGCCCUGCGAGGCCCUUUCGAUUCCCCAAAAGCUAUGCCGAGCUGAUAGCCGAUUGGCCCGUGGUGGUGCUGGGGGUGUGCACAGUGCUCAUCGUGGUGUGUGCCCUGGUGGGCGUCCUGGUGCCCGACCUGCCGGACUUCUCUGACCCACUGCUGGGUUUUGAGCCGCGGGGAACUGCCAUCGGGCAGCGCCUGGUCACAUGGAACAACAUGGUGAAGAACACGGGCUACAAAGCCACGCUGGCCAACUACCCCUUCAAAUACGCCGACGAGCAGGCCAAGAAUCACCAAGAACCCAGGUGGCCCGAGGACCACUUUGAUCGAGACAAACGGCAAGCCGAGUGGGACUUCAGUAAAGAGUUCUUCUGUGACGUGCCAGGUGACAGUUACUCUAGACUGGUGUUUACAUCAGCCGAGGGGAAGAACCUGUGGAAUAUUCAGGCCAUCAAAUCCAUGUGCCACCUGGACAACACCAGGGUGCGUUCCCACCGCGACUACUGGAGUCUCUGUCAGCGCACCAGCGACGCCUCCUGCUGUCCCAGCUGGACGCUCGGCAACUACAUCGCGGCCCUCACCAACAGGUCGUCCUGCCAAAAGAUAACGGAGCGCGACGUAUCGCACACACUCAAGAUCCUGCGCUCCUGCGCCAAGUACUACCACAACGGCACGCUGGCGUCCGACUGCUGGGACAACGCCCUGCGGCGCAAAGACCAGCUCAAGUGCGCCAGCGUGCCCCGGAAGUGCGCCAAGUACAACGCCGUCUACCAAAUCCUUCACUUCCUGGUGGACAAAGACUUCCUCAGUCCCAAGAGUCUGGAGUACCCCCCACCCGUGCUCAAACACAGCAUGCUCUUCUCUCCCACAGAGAAAGGAGAGACCAUGAUGAACAUUUACCUGGACAACUUUGAGAACUGGAACUCCUCAGACGGCAUCACCACAGUCACGGGGAUCGAGUUCGGCAUCAAACACGACCUUUUCCAGGACUACCUCCUCACGGACACGGUGUACCCCGCCAUCGCCAUAGUGAUCGUCCUACUGGUCAUGUGCGUGUACACGCGAUCCAUCUUCAUCACCCUCAUGACAAUAAUAGCCAUCAUCAGCUCGCUGAUCGUGUCCUACUUUCUUUACCGAUUGGUCUUCAACUUCGAGUUCUUCCCCUUCAUGAACCUCACGGCCCUCAUCAUCCUAGUCGGCAUCGGCGCGGACGACGCCUUUGUGCUCUGCGACGUGUGGAACUAUACCAAGUUCGACAAGCCGCACGCCGAGCUGUCCGAGACGGUUGGCGUGACGCUACAACACGCCGCGCUGUCCAUGUUCGUCACCAGCUUCACCACCGCCGCCGCUUUUUAUGCCAAUUACGUCAGCAACAUCACCGCCAUCCGCUGUUUUGGUGUCUACGCGGGCACCGCCAUAUUGGUGAACUACAUUCUCAUGGUGACGUGGCUGCCGGCUGUGGUGGUGCUCCACGAACGCUACCUGCCCAGCAUGUUCCCCUGCACCAAGCCUGUGCACCAGCAGAGGGGUUACUGCACCUGGAUGUUCUGGGCGGGUCUUUGCCAGAAGGCCAACAAAUGCCUGUUCACCGUCUCCGAGGCGUCCCGGAUCUUCUUCGAGAAGGUGCUGCCCUGCAUCGUCAUCAAACUGCGCUACCUCUGGCUCUUCUGGUUCCUCGCCAUCACGGUGGGCGGGGCCUACGUGGUUUGCGUCAACCCAAAGAUGAAGCUCCCGUCUCUGGAGCUGGCCGAGUUUCAGGUGUUCCGCUCCUCGCACCCGUUCGAGCGCUACGACGCCGAGUACAAGAAGCUGUUCAUGUUCGAGAGGGUGCAUCACGGCGAGGACCUCCACAUGCCUAUCACCAUCAUCUGGGGCGUACUGGCCGUGGACAACGGCGACCCCCUGAACCCCAAGAACAAGGGAAAGCUGAUUCUGGACAGCAGCUUCAACAUUGCCAGUCCAGCCUCUCAGCUGUGGAUCCUCAACUUCUGCCAAAAGCUGAGAAAUCAGAGCUUUGUCUUUCAGUCCGAGGAGCAGGACUUCACCAGCUGCUUCAUUGAGACGUUCAAACAGUGGAUGGAGAACCAGGACUGUGAGGAGGCUUCUGUCUACCCCUGCUGCAGUCAGUCCACCUUCCCCUACAAGCAGGAGGUAUUUGAGUUGUGCAUCAAGAGAGCCAUCAUGGAGCUGGAUCGGAGUACCAACUACCAUCUAGACAGCAAGACCCCCGGACCUCGCUUCGAUAUCAAUGACACCAUCAGAGCCAUAGUGCUGGAGUUCAAGAGCACCUAUCUCUUCACCCUGGCCUAUGAGAAGAUGUACCAGUUCUACCUUGAGGUGGACGCCUGGAUCGCUGAAGAGCUCCGGUACGCUCCAGCGGGCCUCAGUCACGGCUGGUUCAUCAGCAACCUGGAGUUCUACGACCUCCAGGACAGCCUGUCGGACGGCACUCUGGUUGCCAUGGCGCUGUCCGUCACCGUGGCCUUCAGCGUUAUGCUCCUGACCACCUGGAAUGUCAUCAUCAGUCUGUACGCCAUCCUGUCGAUCGCCGGCACCAUCUUCGUCACGGUCGGCUCCCUGGUGCUCCUGGGCUGGGAGCUGAACGUCCUGGAGUCCGUCACCAUAUCCGUCGCUGUGGGGCUCUCCGUGGAUUUUGCCGUUCACUACGGCGUGGCCUACCGGCUCGCCCACGAGCCCGACCGCGAGGGAAAGGUGAUUUUCUCCCUCAGCCGCAUGGGUUCCGCCAUCGCCAUGGCGGCACUGACCACCUUUGUCGCCGGGGCCAUGAUGAUGCCCUCGACCGUGUUGGCCUACACCCAGCUGGGCACGUUCAUGAUGCUGAUCAUGUGCAUCAGCUGGGCCUUUGCCACCUUCUUCUUUCAGUGCAUGUGUCGCUGCCUGGGACCCCAGGGGACCUGCGGCCAGAUCCCCCUGCCCAAGAAGAUGCAGUGUCAGGUGUUCUCCGAGGUCACAUCCAUGAGCCCCCCACCUCAAGGGAAAGGCUCCGGCCUGGGGAAGUACCAGCUGGAUGGCAGGGGUGGGGAGGUGGAGCAUUACGAGUUGGAGCCCCUGGCCUCUGGUCAGAAGACUGAAGAUGUCCCCAGAGAGGAGCAGGAGGUGUGUGCUCAGCUCCUCAAUGGAACCCCUCCUCAGCACCACAAUGCCCCUUCUUCCCACAUCCACUAUAGAACCGGCCCGGAGAACGGCCUCGUGGCCGCACCGAGCACCCCAUCCAGGUGUCCGUACUCUCAAACCGCUAACUGCUCCUGCGGGGACCCCUCUCCUGCUCACCACCCAUCCCAGCAGUGGACCCCCCACUCCUGUGCACAGCCUCCCCAGGACUCUCCUUCCUGCCCCCCCACCCCACAGCUCCUCCCGCUCUCAGGAACAACCCCGGGCACACACAACCCACCUCUGUUCCCUACAAACCUGGACCCGGUCCACACACACACAGAGUGCCGUAUGCACUAUGUCCACUGCCCCCCCGUCCAUUUCCACCACUGCUCCCAGGGGAGAGUCGUGGCCCCCAGGCAAGGACCUGCCCACAGCUGCCAUUUCAGGAAGUAUUGUGUCCACACUGCAACCCUGCAGGCUGGUUCAGCCAGAGAGCAGAGAUCCACAACGGCGGCUUUGAACCAGGACCCGGACCCAGCUCCUGGCUCAGAGCCUGCGGGACACGAGGACGACCAGAGACACGAAACGGGGCACUCGAGCCUCGACUGUAGCCAAAAUAUCAGCACCCCAGCCCCGACUCGAGCCCAGACUCGGUGCCCCUCACCGGGCUCACCUCACACAAGCAGACAUGAAAGACAGAGAAGGAACAGCGAUGACCCCGCGUCCACAGAUCCAACCCCACAAACGGACGCCUGUUGUAGAACCCCUGGAAACCAGGAGAAGCUCCAAAGUAUUCCCGUCACGCCGGAGGAAAGCGUCAAAAAGUGCAAGCGGAGCUCCAAGAGACAGCGGGCGUCCUCGGCCUCGCCAAAGAAACUCUACUGCUUCAACCGGACGUUGAAGGUGAAGUGCACUGCGGAGGUCAACGGGCCGAGAACUGAAACCAGCGUGCCUCCUAUUGCAAUAACCACCAAUCCCCCUUCUGAAAGCUUAUGUUGAUGACAAAUUGAUAUUUUAAUAAACACUCUAUCCAGGACAAAUAGAAAAAAAGGAAUAACCCGUACAAUGUCCGUCUGUCAAUCAAGUGCCUCGAUGAGUUCCAACAGCACGGACCAUCUGAAUAUAAUCUGUUACAUGUCUUCACGUGCCACAUUAUGAUGUCUUUGAUUGUACACUGUUGCUAAAGCUAUAUAAUUAUGGGAAAUUAUCCGUCUUUUUUUCCCAAAAGCACCGCCAUGGAAACUACAGUGUUAAAUAUACUCGUACAGCAGCCAUGAAAUGGUAUUGUACAUAUUGUGAGUAAUUGUCAGUAUGUUUCGUCAGAUAUGACAUCACAUCAGCCGUGACAGAAAUGUGCCACUUUUUUACAAGCCGGUUGAAAAGUUGUCGCCGGACACUUUUUACAUAUUUUUUUAUUUUUAUUUGUUGGAGCCGAGUGUAAAAUCCUGUGUCACCACACGCCUCGGAUUAAAGAUGUA